AUGCCUAACGACAAAUCUGUUUUCAGCAACUCUCUCCAUGAAAUUUUGCUAGGUUCGGUCUCGGGUGCGUGUGGUAAGGUCGUGGAGUUUCCCUUCGAUACCAUCAAAGUGAGACUGCAAUACUCGCAGUCUUUGCCUCAGCCACUGUUCACCUCCACUUUCGAUGCUAUCCGGAAAACCUACCACAACGAGGGUAUAGCCAGGGGCUUCUACAAGGGUCUUCGUGUCCCCAUGAUGGGGGCUUCCAUGGAGGUCUCCUGCCUAUUUUUCAGCUACAGAUUGGCGCAGGACCUCGUCAAGCUCUCCAAGGGGAAAGCCUUGACAGACGAGCUCAAAGUGAGUGAGAAAUUGAUCUGCGGUGCAUUUAGUGGUAUCUGCACUUCGUUUAUCUUGACUCCAAUUGAACUUGUCAAGUGCAAGUUCCAGGUUGAAAAUUUGAAAAAUCUCAGCAAUCCGAAUUUCGUGUCAAAGACCAUCCCUCAAAUCACAAGGGAGUUAUACAAAUCCCAAGGCAUCAGAGGCCUUUGGAGAGGCCACCUGGCCACCAUGAUCCGUGAAUGCGGUGGCUCCAUGACCUGGUUUGGUAACUACGAGUUUGUCAUCCAUUAUUUCGCAAACGGUGAGAAGAACUACAAACCAAAGGUCCAUGAACUGAUGGUGGCUGGGGCCUGCGCAGGUAUCGGUUACCAUUGCACCUUGUUCCCGGCAGAUACUGUCAAAUCUAUCUUGCAGACAAACGAUGGCGGAAACCUCACCUUCAUGAAAGUCGUCAAGCAUAUCUAUAGAACAAAGGGAAUUUUUGGUUUCUACUCUGGUAUCGGUGUUACUCUGUUCAAAUCUAUACCCACCUCCAGUAUCAUGUUCAUAUCUUACGAAAAGCUAAAAGAAUGGCUAGAGUUCUAG